AUGGGACGACACGUUGCCCUAUCACGCGCUCCAAUUGAUAAACGUGAGGAAGAUGAGGCACAUAGAGAAAAAUAUUUUGCAUCAUUUCUGAAGAAGGUUAGGGAAUCCCCGGAGGAUGGUGAGGAGAUUAAUAAACCCAACAAAGCUAAGUCCAAUGCGUCAGUGCGCGGUUACCGUUUGGGCAAACCACAAUAA